CCCGUCCUCUCCUGCCUGCUAGCUCCCGCUGGACUCGGCAGUUGUGGGAGCGCGCAGGCGCGGCGAGCAACUCUCAGAGCGCUGAGUAGCGGAGAGGGACGCGCGAACCUCAGGAUUCUGUGUUACCCCAGUACACAAUGCUACCUGGCAUGUGAGAACCUUCAUCAUCCAGGACCUGCCAGAGGCCACGAAAAAAUAUGGGGAGGGUUUUCCUCACGGGAGAAAGAGCCAAUUCAGUAUUAAAACGCUACCGAAGAGCUAAUGGACUUUUUGAAGAAAUAAGACAGGGCAACAUUGAACGUGAGUGCAAAGAAGAAGUCUGCACAUUCGAAGAAGCCAGGGAAGCUUUUGAAAAUAAUGAGAAAACUAAGGAGUUUUGGAGCACCUACACAAAAGCGCAACAAGGAGAGAGUAACAGAGGAAGUGACUGGUUUCAGUUUUAUCUUACCUUUCCACUAAUCUUUGGCCUCUUCAUUAUCCUCCUUGUCAUUUUCCUUAUCUGGAGAUGCUUCCUAAGAAACAAAACUCGUAGACAGACAGUGACUGAAAGCCACAUUCCUUUCCCUCAGCACCUUAACAUCAUCACUCCACCUCCCCCACCAGAUGAAGUGUUCGAGAGCACUGGGUUGUCUCCAGGCUUUCUGGAAUAUGUAGUUGGGCGCUCAGAUUCUGUCUCCACUCGCCUGUCCAAUUGUGAUCCCCCACCAACCUAUGAGGAAGCCACUGGCCAGGUGAACCUGCGGAGGAGUGAAACAGAACCUCAUUUAGAUCCACCCCCUGAAUAUGAGGACAUAGUCAACUCCAGCUCAGCCAGUGCCAUAGCUAUGGUGCCUGUGGUCACCACCAUCAAAUGAAGCUGCAAACUUCUUUUUAUUCUAAUCAUUUUUUAAAAUACUAAUGAAAGAACUUUCUAGCACUUUACCACUA